CUGGCAUGCAACCUUCCCCCCAAUCGUUGGGAUGAAUUUGUGCUCACAUCAUGUUACCUCUCCAACUGUGUUUCCGUCAAAUCUCAGCAAGGUUCUACUCCAUUUGAGCGCUGGUACGAUCACAAGCUGAACAUCUCACAUCUUCAGGAAAUAGGUUGCCGUGCUUUUGUUCUGAUCCAGAAC